CCAUGAAAUGCAUCAAACCACCUGAAACGUAUCCAUCGUCUGUCUCUACCGCCUCACACUGAGCUGCCAUGGCCAGACAGGACACUCCCCUCUUCCUCCACGGCUUUGACCUUAGUGGUCACUUUGUUGACCUUCGACCUCUCGGCACUGGAGUCACAGGCCUGGUGCUCUCGGCUGUGGACCAACGUAAUGGACGGCGUGUGGCAAUUAAGAAGCUGGUGAUGCGCGAUGCCGUGACGGUGAAACAUGCCCUGCGGGAGGUCAGGAUCACCCAUCGGCUGCGCCACGAAAACGUGGUGCAGGUUCAUGACGUCUUGGCGCCAUAUGGACGCCCGCUGCCCCGAGACCCGACCCAGCUCAGCGCCCUCUACAUCAUCCAGGAAUGCAUGGAGACAGAUCUGGCUCGGCUGCUGGAACAAGGACCACUACCCUCAGGUCAUGCUACUCUGCUUUUCUACCAGCUGCUGAGGGGACUGAAGUUCAUCCACUCGGCCAACGUCCUGCACAGAGACCUAAAGCCUGCCAACGUAUUCGUCAACACCGAUCAACUGCUGCUCAAGGUCGGAGACUUCGGGCUGGCCAGAAUAGUCGACCCUCACUAUUCUCACAAGGGCUAUCUGUCUGAGGGUCUCGUGACUAAGUGGUAUUGUUCCCCCCGUCUGCUCCUGUCCCCCAACAACUACACCAAGGCCAUAGACAUGUGGGCCGCAGGCUGCAUACUAGCCGAGAUGCUCACUGGACGCAUGCUGUUUGCAGGAGCUCAUGAGCUGGAGCAGAUGCAGCUGAUUCUCAACACAGUGCCGGUGCUGAGAGAGGAGGACAGACAGGACCUGCUGCAGGUGAUGCCUUCAUAUGUCAGUCAUGGUUGGAGGGUCAAGAAACCCUUUUCUGAACUGCUGCCUGAAGUGGACGUUCAGGCUGUGGACUUCCUCGAGCGUAUCUUGACAUUUAACCCCAUGGACCGGCUGACCGCUGAGGCUGCACUGUCCCACCCCUUCCUCCAGCAGUACGCCUGUCCACAGGACGAGCCCACCUCAUUGCACCCCUUCCACAUAGAGGACGAGCUGGAGGACAGCCUCGUCACUGAGCACAGCCUCGGCAACAGUCAGGCCUCCAGCAUCCAGUGGGACAGGUACAAGCACAGUUUAUCAGCAGGUGUUUGCUGGCAGCAUUUAGGCGGGAGGUGUCGCUGCAUGCCUUCUGGCCUCAUAAUCUCUGACCUGGGGGACACGACGGAGGAUGAGGAGGUGCAGAGGGAUCCACGUGCCAGUUCCACUUCACUGUUAGAGGAGGCUCAGGUCGACCCUCGCAAAUAUUCCCACAGUAGCUCAGCUGAGCGCUUCUUGGAAAACUCUCAGCCCUCUCUGGAGAGGGCCUGUGGUUUGGGGUACGGGGACCUGGACUGUGGCCGCUCCUGUGACUACAAAGUGGGCUCUCCUUCAUAUCUGGAUAAAAUAGCCUGGAAGGAGGGCAAGCCUCAGCACUACUCUGAACCCAAGCUCAUACUGGAUCUGUCUCAUUGGAAGCGCAACACAAACUUCGCCCCUGUGCCUUCUGAGCACACUGGUGACAAUGAGGAGGACCUGGGAGAGAUGAAGGUGGAGGAAGGAGAGGAGGAGGAGGAAGAGGAGGAAGAGACGGGGAAUUUGUUCCAGGAGAUCUCCCGCUGGAUUCAGAGCACCCAGUCUCGUCUGCACUCACCCAGUCCAUCUUUGGAACCACAUUCACCCUCCUGCUCCACCUCCUCUCCGCCUCUCCCUCUCUCCCCAACUGACCUCCCAACUCCAGUCUUCCAUUUCACAGACAUUAUGCAUGAACCCUCGGUUGAUUACGAUGACCAAAGACUAUGCCCGCCUCCACCUGUUACAUCAUCUACAAAUUCUCUUCCCUCACUCCUCCCCUCAUCUCCUACGUUUCCACUUCUCCCUCAUUCGCCUCAAACAGUUUGUCCUCCUAUAUCAUCGUUGUUUCCUCCCCCGGAACCUCAGCCUAUUACCUCUACUUCAAUUUCUCAGCCAGUAAAUGACGAGGCCUUGGAGUCACUUCCUGUCAAGCAGAAGGACCGGCUGUUUGACCUGGACGUGUUCAUAUCCCGAGCGCUGAAACUGUGUCGGCAGAAUAGAGGGAAAGCAGAUGGAAAGAGAGGAAAAGAAAAAGAGAGAGGGUGGGGGGAUGACGGUAAACAGCCAAACAUCAAUUGGAAGUUGCCUAGGCUUCCAGAGUACAGGACUCCGCCACCAAACACCCCGAACUCCUGAUGUUACAUUUCAUCUUCAGUCCUAUCACAGUGGAGGAUCAAGUGGUGGCAUUUGCAAAUGUUCACACACACACACACGCAGUGCUUCACAUGAUCGAUGUCAUCAGCUGAAUAUGCAGCUUAAACCUUAGUCUGACCUAAGGACUUUAAGUCUUAGCUCUUGUCCUUUUGGUACAACCGCACUGAAUGAUCCUGCAGCUUUAUCAAGAAGUGCUCGCAACAUACAAACACAUUCAGCCUUGUAAAUAUCAAGUUGUUCCCAGUUUUCUUUUCCAACUUAAUCACGUGUCAAACUUAGAUUUGAUAACAACUUAUCCUGUGACAUUGAAAGAGGGAACAGCCAUCCUGUUAAUACAACAUAUCAAGGCUAUACUGAUAACUGAUACAUUUAGCUUUUGUGUUGUUGAUAGUCUGAUUUUUUUUUUUUCUCCAUAAGAUCUCUUGCUGAAAUGUACGGCUGUCUUCCAAAGGUUAUGCUCACCAAAUAACGACAAUGACACUGGAAAUGCUUCCUUCAAGUUUCUCUGAAUGUAUUAACUGAGAAGUCAUCAAUCAAAUUAUGCUGCAUGGUACAACAAUAGGGAUUUCAUUUGUUGAUUUUCGAAACACUCCCACAGUGGCUUGGUGACGCUCGUCACUGAUACAUUGCCUUGUAAACUUGUACAAAGGGUUAUCUUAUUUAAUUAAUUGUAUAUUUAUUGAUACUAUUGUCUUGAAAUCCUUGUGUCUACAAUAUGUGUGCUUUCUCAGUUGAAUGUUAGGAUUUUACAGUUCCAUUUUUAUUGUUUUGGAAUUUGUGUUUUGUUGAAUCGUGGAAUGUUCCGUGGUAAUAAUUUAUGAUUAAUUAACAAACUUUGCUCUUGUGUGGUCAUAGAUAGUUUUCGUAUCUUCUCUGCCUGACGCGUCAAACAAGGGACAACACUUAACUGUACUAUCCUCUAUAUUUACUGGACAGCUUCUCUUACCUAAUUGUCAGCCAUAGAAAAGCAAAAACAAAAAGUAGCCUAUAUUUUGCAGCCCGUGUAGGAAAUGAGUCGUGUUUGAAGCUUCUCAUUCUUGCCCAGGAAUUAUAUUUAUAUAUGGAAGCGCGUUAAACAAUUGACCUCAUUCCCAGUCCUCCACCAAAGUAAUCAAAUCACUGAAAAGAUACAAUCGGACGUUUGACAGAUGACAACAUUUGACUCACUCAAUGGCGUGCAUCUGACAGUCUAGUCUAAUUAGCAGACUAAAAGUGAGCAAAGGGAAACGGCAUUCAAUUUAUUCUGCUGAGCUAAUGCCAACAAGAUAUACAUAUGCAUCCAUGUUCCCUUUGUUCUGCAGACACAGCCCACAGAAAACUUGGCAUGUUAAAAGAAAGAAAAGCCAACACUACAUUACAAUACUACAACACCUUGAAUUAAGCCACAUUUAAGAUCUUUCAGCCCUGCAUCUGAUUUAAAACAAGUCCUUCAUGCCCUAUGUAAUAUUAAUUUGAGUCACCUUAUGUGCAGUGUCCUCAAGUUCCAAGAGAAAAAUAAACUAUUACAUAUUAUUUUCUCUUUCCACAUUGAUUUUCAGCUGGUAACAGUUACUGCACAAAUAACAACACUCUUAAAAGCCAGAGUUCCAUAAUGUCUGUACCUUUUGUACAUGCCGGUCCGUGGCUAACGUACACCAUCAGCAGAUCAUCACUUGCACAUCAUCGUAUGACUGCCUAAGGAUUGAGCCAUAUGCAAGAACUGGCAUGAGUUCAGCCUAUGAAAAAGCCAGCUCUGUUUUAUAUUCACAAUGGACAUUGAAGCACAUCAGAAUCACUAGCACAUAAAAAAAAAGAAAACAGGAGUGAAUAUUGAAACGCCACCUUGGCCAAUGUUCAGCAUUUCGCGGUAUUAACCAUUUCUGGGCAAAGGAUAGUUGGGCAAACUGUCAAAAGUGUUAUAGUCAAGAAAAAAAAAGUGAAAAACUGUCCCUUUUUCUGCAGAGCCAUCUAUCUCUUUGUGGAAAUAGAUAUAAAUUGUGUUGUAGUUAAUCGAAUUAACAUCUGUAAGGUCAUAAUAGAUCUUAUUUUGCUUACUACCAUUGCCUCUACAGGUGAACUAAGCCAGCAAUAACAUAAUUGAUGUAGUGGUUACUGAGUUAAGUCUUUUAAGUAAUGCAGAAAAUGUGCCUCUGUACACCUCGAUGCUUUCACCUUGCUGAAUGUAACAUAUCCUCCUUUCCCUCCUGCAUGGCUUUCACAGCUGUUCAAGUAACUUUGUGAAAUGGUCAUAUAUUUCUUUUGUACUUUUGUGCUUCACUGAGGCUCCAGCUUCUCAUUUGAGGGAAAGCUGUGAGAUUUUUAAAUAUCGAUUGAUAGUAUCUCUUUUUGCAGUUUCCGCUUUUGCUGGGCAAUUAUUAAACCAGUGCUUCAACUAUUA